AAAAGUUCUUAUAUUAGUUUAGUUAGUUUGUUUUUAAACCUCCGAAGUCUUACAGCAAAAUUAUGAAGAAGCAUUAUUUUGCUUUACUCGUUCUUGUGUUUCUGUUUCAAGCAUCACAAGGUCUAAUUUGGCCAUGUAAUUCAAAUGAUGAAUGCACAUCGGAGGAAUCUACAUGCUCAACACUUGGUACAUGCGAAUGCGAAUUCGAUCAUGUCUUUUCGUCAGACUAUGCAAAAUGUCUGAAGACGUCACUGUAUAGUGACAAAUGUGAAGAAACUGGUCAAUGCAAUCUUAUGCCAUCUGGAGCUAAAUGUAAUAAGGGGGUCUGCGAAUGCAAUGAUGGUUAUACCUAUGUAGGGGGACGUUGUAGGCUAUUAAAUGGUCUCGGAAAUUCAUGCCAAACGGACCUAGACUGCCAUUUUGGAUAUGAUCGUCAAUCGGUUAUGUGUAAAAAUCAAAUUUGUGAGUGCGCAAAUGGAUAUUAUAACAGAUAUGGAAACAUCUGCCGUCGGAAAUCUAUGGCAAUUAAUGACCCAUGUGUUGUUAAUACUGACUGUGAUGAACUUGGUAGUAAUGUCAAGUGUGAAAAUCUUGUAUGUGCAUCAACAAGCACAAAUGGUGAUUUUCCUCCACGUAACCAAAGAGAAAUUGCUGUUCAAACUAGCUUAGAAUCAUAUGAGCUUAAACCAUUAUCUAGUCUUAAGAGAGAUAUAUCAAUUGAAAAUCCAGCUUCAUCACUUGCAACCGGAAGAAUAACACGUGAUGAAGAAGACAAAACAUUGUCAACUUUAUCAAAUACUGACGAUGAUGCGGAAGAUAAGAAAUAUGGGAGCAGUUGUACGGACAAUGGUAAACCAUGUCAAGGAUUGGCUCAUUCAACUUGUGCUGAUAACAUUUGUUAUUGCAGACAAGGUUAUUAUGCCAAAAAUGGAAAGUGUUUUGCAGAACUCGGAGAGAUAGCUGAAAGUGUUGACGAGUGUGAGUUUGAAUUCGAAGAACCAACUAAAAAAUGUCUUUGCCAAAAGAACUACUUCUAUGAGCGUAGUCUUCGUUCAUGCAGAAAACCCAUCCAAUAUCACUUGUCAUGUACAUCGAACAGUCAAUGCAGUCCAUUUGGUGCCGUUUAUUGCCAUCCUUCCAUACCCAGACGUUGUACGUGUGAAGAAUUCGCCGAAUACGAUGAACUUAGGCAGUUAUGCGUUUAUAAACAAGGUCUGGGAGCACAAUGUACGACAAAUGAUGGUUGUCCAUUUGAAAAUUCUAUUUGUUCAUCGGAGCAAGUUUGUAAAUGUAAAGAGCAUUAUAUUGAAGAUAAGGGCGCGUGUGCAAAAGGAAUUGGAGCGGAAUGUAAUGAAGAUUCAGAAUGCCUGCCAACCAACACAGUAUGUGAAUCGACAACAGAAAGUAAGAGCGAAAAGUCGAAAUCUUGUCAGUGUCGAAAAGGAUAUGUGCAUUUUAAAGAUGAGUGUUUGAAACAAGCUGUUGAACCUGAAGACGAAUGUGUAGAAACAGAACAGUGCAAGCCUCUCCUAGCCAACUGUGUAGAUAAGAAAUGUGUUUGCGGUGAUAAACAGCAUUUCAGCGGCGGAAAAUGCGUUGAUCAAAAAGGUUUAGGUGAAGCAUGUACAAGAGCUGGUGAGUGUCAUAUAGAAAAAGAUCCUGAAAAUGUCGAAUGUAGAAAUUCAAUAUGUCAAUGCAAGUUGGGAUACCAGCCAUCAAACGGACAAAGAACGUGCAACCGCGUUGGAGCUAAGACAAAUUCUUCCGGAAGGCCAAGUGCUCUUAAAAUAAUAACAUUUAUGUUAAUUGGAUCAGCAUUUUUAAUAACUAGUGCAGCACUAAAACAAGCAUUCUAUUGAACAAAACAACAAAAUCUUUAGUUAAACCUUCAUCAAAUCGUGGCAAAAAAGGGUUAUUCUUCAAUAUUAUUUUUGUAAAUUAAAUCUUUUAAAUAUUGUAUUAUAGUAAAAAAAAAAAAAACAACAUUAUUUUAAUUAAUUCUUAUCCACCAACAAAAUCGUUUAGAAACAAUUUAUAUAAGAUUAUAAGCAAGCAAUACAAUUCAAAUAAUAGGAUAAGAAAAACAAAAAAGUAAUGU